UCACUCUCUUUUGCUCUGCCAUCGAAGCACUAAGUUCACCUAUUGCUUUUAUUCAAUUCAAAGCAGAGUAAUCCAUGGCGGACGCUGAGAAGUUUGAUUUCCCAGAUGAGAGCAACCCGUCGCUCAGCUUGAUUAUCGACCCCUCCCACAGCAACAAGGAGAUCUUCCUCCGUGAGCUCAUCAGCAACGCCUCUGAUCAGGAUGAGAUCUUGGAGAUUAUUCGGAAGAACUCGGUGGAGAAGUGCAUUGAACUCUUUUUUGAGAUUGCUGAGAACAAGGAAGACUACAACAAGUUCUAUGAGUCAUUCUCUAAGAAUCUCAAGCUUGGUAUCCAUGAGGAUUCCCAGAACAGGACUAAGAUUGCUGAAUUGCUCAGGUAUCACUCUACCAAGAAUGGUGAUGAGAUGACCAGCUUGAAGGACUAUGUGACCAGGAUGAAGGUGGGGCAGAAUUACAUCUACUACAUCACAUGUGCGAGCAAGAAGGCAGUUGAGAAUUCUCCAUUCCUUGAGAAGUUGGAGAAGAAGGGGUGCGAAGUCCUUUUCAUGGUGGAUGCUAUAGAUGAGUAUACAGCUGGUCAGCUGAAGGAGUUUGAUGGUAAGAAGCUUGUUUCUGCUACCAGGGAGGGUCUGGAACUUGAUGAGAGUGAAGAUGAGAAGGAAAAGAGCGAAGCUUUUACAGAGAAGUUGGUGAAAUUUUUCAAGGGGAUCAAGGAUUUUCUGGCCGCCGAGGUGAAGAAGGUGACGGUGCAAGUUGGGCUAAGCAUUCAUGAGGACAGCAGUGAUGGUGAUGCUGACAUGCCCCCAUCGUGGGAUGCUGAUGCCGAGGGCAGCAAGAUGGAGUAAGUUGAUUAAACUCUGAUUUCAGUUAUUUGCUUUUUACACCCUGUAAGAAUUGAAGUCCCUUCAAUUGCUUUGAGUUUAUUUUCUCAGGAUUGAUUAAGCUUAAGAAUUCUUCUUUAUAGUGUUAUUUCUUUAAUUC